AUGACAGCGAUUUCUGAAGCUAUAGGCUCCCACAUUCAUCGCAUAGAAACCAUCGUGUUUUGGAAAGAGGAGAAUGGGAGAGCAGUGAAAGAGGAGAAUGGGAGAGCAGUGAAAGAGGAGAAUGGGAGAGCAGGGAAAGAGGAGAAUGGGAGAGCAGGGAAAGAGGAGAAUGGGAGAGCAGUAAAAGAGGAGAAUGGGAGAGCAGGGAAAGAGGAGAAUGGGAGAGCAGGGAAAGAGGAGAAUGGGAGAGCAGUAAAAGAGGAGAAUGGGAGAGCAGGGAAAGAGGAGAAUGGGAGAGCAGUAAAAGAGGAGAAUGGGAGAGCAGGGAAAGAGGAGAAUGGGAGAGCAGUAAAAGAGGAGAAUGGGAGAGCAGUGAAAGAGGAGAAUGGGAGAGCAGGGAAAGAGGAGAAUGGGAGAGCAGGGAAAGAGGAGAAUGGGAGAGCAGUAAAAGAGGAGAAUGGGAGAGCAGGGAAAGAGGAGAAUGGGAGAGCAGGGAAAGAGGAGAAUGGGAGAGCAGUAAAAGAGGAGAAUGGGAGAGCAGGGAAAGAGGAGAAUGGGAGAGCAGUAAAAGAGGAGAAUGGGAGAGCAGUGAAAGAGGAGAAUGGGAGAGCAGUAAAACGUGAUCAAAGCACAUUGCCGAACAACAUAUUUCAUUUGUUAGUGGUCUAA